AUGAAGGCCCUCAGUCUCGCCGCUCUCAUGACCCUCGCGGCUUCCCUGGCCGUCGCCAAGGAUUGCCCUGCUGAGUCCGACUGUAUGCAAAAAUCCUGCUCUGACUUCAACAUCAAUAAGCACGUUCAGCUCAGUGACGGCUCUCACGACGUCACCAAGGCCGUUCUCGAGGCCACCUGCGAGGACCGCCACGGCACCAAGGUGUACACUUGGCUGAACCUCAAGGAAUGCAUCGUCAACGUCGACGGCAACAUGUUCUGGUCUUACCAGGGCAACUUCGAUUGCCAGCUGUGCCGCAUCAAAGAGCGCAAGUCCAACUCUGACCCUGUCGUCAUGACCUGCAUGUGUUUCGGCAAGGGCAAGAAGACCAACGAGCAUGCCGAAAUCAACCUCUCCGAGGGCAUUUGGAACUACGACGGCGUCAUUGGCUGCUACAAGGCCGACGGCCACAAGAUUCCCAUCCACCCGGUCGGCGUCAACAAGCGCUCAGAGGAUUCUGCCUCUAACAUUCUUGACGGCCCCGCCAUUGAGGCCAUCUCCGGAGCCAAGUCCAAGCCGUACACCCUUGGCUCUGAUAACCGCCGCUUCCGCAACAUAUAA